AUGACGAUUGGAUGUGAAAAUAAUGACAAUAUUUCAAUCAUUCAAACAAUUGAUUGCAAUUCAAUCAAAAUCAGUGAUAAAAUGCUAACCAAAAGUGGUUUAAUUAGUAAAUCCAAUGAUUAUUUUCAUUGUUUUUGGUCUAAUUGUCAAUUCAAGACAAUAUAUAGAAAAUCUUUAACUAGACAUCAAUCAAUUCAUUCGGAAAUAAAACAAUUUAAAUGUGAUUUCAAUAAUUGCAAUAAAAGUUUUAAACGAAAAUCAUAUUUAAAUCUACAUAUAAAUUACAUUCAUUUGAAUCGUGGUAAAGUACUGCAAUGUUUUUGGCCUAAAUGUCAAUAUAAAACAACAAUUAAAGGCAAUUUUAUUCAACACAAAUUCCUUCAUUCAAAUAACAAACAAUAUAAAUGUGAUUUUAAAGAUUGUGAUAAAAUUCAUCACAAAAAUGCCAAUCAUUUAAAUAAUAAGAAAAAAUUUGUUUGUGAUGUCAAUGAAUGCAACAAAGAGUUUACCCGAAAACUAUACUUAAUUAAUCACAAAACUUGUGUUCAUUCGAUUGAAAAGCCAUUCAAAUGUAAUGAAGAAAAUUGUGGCAAAAUGUUUGCUAAAGAAUACCUAUUAAAUACACACAAACGCAUUCAUUCGGGAGAAAAAUCAUAUAUUUGUGAUUUCAACGGAUGUAAUGCAAGCUUUAAAAGAGUUAAUCAUUUAUCUCAACACAAAAGUAAUGUUCAUUUGAAUGAAAGGCUAAUCAAAUGUGAUUUUCCCGAUUGUAAGCAAACAUUCAAACAAACCAAUCAUUUGGUCGCUCAUAAAAAUAGCAUUCAUUUAAAACUUAGAUUUGUUUGUGAGUUUAAUGACUGUAACAAAAGCUUUGCAGACAAAUACAGAUUACUUCAGCACAAAAAGUUUGUUCAUUUAAACGAUAAUAAAUUUAAAUGUAAUGAAGAAAAUUGCGGCAAAAAAUUUAUAUCAAAUUCAGCACUCAAUGUCCACAAACGCAUACAUUCGGGAGAAAAGCCAUUUGUUUGUGAUUUCAAAGAUUGUAAUAUGAGUUUUCAUAAAAUGUCAUAUUUAACAGACCAUAAGAGCACUCAUUUAACUGUUAAACAAUUUAAAUGUCAUUAUAAGGAUUGUGGCGGAAGUUAUGCCAGCAAUCGAUAUCUUCAAAGACAUGUUAGAUAUGUUCAUAAAAAAUAA